AUGAGAAAUAGAUCCACCGACCCCGCAAGGCUCCUCCCCCUCUGUCCCCAAAUCCAAAUCUACUACCACGCCAUCGGCAGCCAGACCAAGGUCCUCCCCGCCAGCUUGACGUCCAUCGACGAGAUCCUCAGCCUUGCGGGCGUGCAUCACAUCACCAUCGCGCCGGCGCUGUUGCAGCAACUGGCGGCGAUGCCGGCUUCGGCUGCUGCUGCGGUCCCUAACCUCUUCGAUACCGGCCCGCCGCUCAUCGACUCCGAAAGACCGGUGGCGUUCCGGGAUGAUGAGGAGGGGUUUCGGCUUGCCUGGAGUCAGGAGGGGCGGGGGGAGGGUGAGGGGAGGCUUGGGCAGGCUGUGAGUAUCUUCUGUGAGAUGCAGGAUCAGUUGGUGCGGAUGAUGGGGGCGGUUUUGAAGGGGGGUGCCUAG